GCCCGCCCCGCCGGCCGGUGGGUGGGCGCUUCCCUCUGCUCCCCGCGACACUUUGCAGACGCUCCCCGGCACCGGACAUGGGCGCCGCCGCUGCGGCCGUCGGUCCCCGGGCCGGAUUCCGCGCGCGGGUGGUGACCUGUGACGAGGGUCCAGCCCAUUCAGGACAGGAUGUCUCUUGGUGGAUCCUACGGGAGCCCAGCUUCUCCUUCCCUCGUGCCUCUGAGGCGGUCGGUUGCCUGGGCCCGCCGGAGGCUGCGCCAUGAAUGACCGAAACAGUCGGAGAAGGACACUGAAGAAGGAUGAUGAGGCCUUUGAGAUCGCCAUCCCCUUCGAUGAGGCGCCCCACCUAGACCCCCAGCUCUUUUACCGUCUCAGCCCCACUCAGGGAAACUUUGAGGAGUCUCCGGAGGCUGCAUCCCCGACAGUAGCCCUGAUGAACGGCGUCAGGGCUCAGCUGCACAUGGCCUUGGAGAGGAACUCCUGGCUGCAGAAGCGCAUUGAGGACCUGGAAGAGGAAAGGGACUUCUUGAGGUGUCAGCUGGACAAAUUCAUAUCCUCUGCGCGCAUGGAUGCAGAGGACCACUGCCGGGUGAAACCUGGGCCCCGGCGGGUGGAGGGCGACGGCCGAGGUGGGGCUGGGGGCGAGGCCUCGGACCCUGAGUCGGCUGCCUCCUCAGUCAGCGGCGCGUCUGAAGAAGGCAGUAACGUCGACAGGAAGAGGCAGAAACAGAAGGGAGGCACUGGUCGGAGGCGCUUUGGGAAGCCCAAGGCCCGGGAGAGGCAGCGGGUGAAGGAUGCGGACGGUGUCCUCUGCCGCUACAAGAAGAUCCUGGGCACCUUCCAGAAGCUGAAGAGCAUGUCGCGGGCCUUCGAGCACCACCGCGUGGACCGCAACACGGUGGCACUGACCACGCCCAUCGCGGAGCUGCUGAUCGUAGCCCCAGAGAAGCUGGCAGAGGUGGGCGAGUUUGACCCCUCCAAAGAACGUCUGCUGGAGUACUCGCGCCGUUGCUUUUUGGCCCUGGACGAUGAGACCCUCAAGAAGGUGCAGGCCCUCAAGAAAAGCAAGCUGCUGCUCCCCAUCACCUAUCGCUUCAAGCGGUGAUCCCGCCCCACCGACCUGGGACAAGAUCUCCGGCCCCCACUUCCCUACCCCACCUGGCACAGGGGCAAGCGUGUGCAUGAGUGCUGUGUCCCUCGCCAGGGCCUGGGGGUGGACAGCGUGUUUCUGCGUGUGCCUCCUGCAAACCCCUCCACUCCCACCCAAGAUCCCUUGUAUAUAGACCUGCCUCCCACACUCCCACCCCCUCCUGUUUCUUCACAUUCCCAGGGUUGGAGGCGCAUCACUUGACUGUCCUGUCCCAAACACCCGCACCACUCCUGCCCUCACUGAGCCCUUCCUCCUGGGAAGACCGCGGGACUCUGCGGGCCAGGGGCACUGUACAUACCCGUUCUCCGCCCCCAACCCCGAGGACCCGAAUCCUGCUCUCCCACCCUCCCAGUCUGCGUGAGACAGAGAAUUAUUCAGAGAAUUUAAAUUAAAAAGACGAUAAAAUUUGGAAUAAA